GACAGCUCCUGGGAGUGCGGAUCCCACACGCGGCUUGGGCAGGGAGCGGAGCCGGCACGGGGCUGGUGCAGAAUGGGGCACCCCAUGGCUCAGCCCCUCUGAGAGCCGGAGCGGAGGGCGGCGAGUCCCCGGGGGCAGCACGGCCACCGUGGGGUCCCAGCCCCAGGAGCUCGGCUUCGGCCUGCAGCGGCUGAAUUCCCCUGACGGGUAAUGCCCGGCUGGGCUGGCACGAGGUGCUGAGGAUCCCGGUGGGCCGAGGAGCUGUGAUGACCCCCGAGAAGGUGCUGAGGGAGGGGGUGCUGGAGAAGAGGAGUGGGGGGCUGCUGCAGCUCUGGAAGAAGAAGCGGUGCCUGCUGACGGAGAAGGGGCUGCAGCUUUUCGAGCCCAAGGGCUCACGGCGCAAGGAGCUGAGCUUCGCCCGCAUGAAGGCUGUGGAGUGCGUGGAGUGGAAGGAGCGGCAUAUUUACUUCACGGUGGUGAUGGACGACAGCCUCGAGAUCGACUUCCGCUGUGCCCAGGAGGACCCGGGCUGGAACGCCGAGAUCACCAUGGGGCUUGUGCGCUUCAAGAACCAGCAGGCCAUGCAGGAGGUGCGCACCCGGCACAGCUGCCGAGCAGUGGUGAAGCUGGAUGCAGCCCCGGUGGGACAGCCCAGGGAAUCACAGCUUCCCAGGAGUCGGAUGGAGAUGGCCCUUGGCCCGGCAGGUGCUGGGGACAGCGGGAUCCCUGCAGGAAAGUGA